AUGGCAAAGGAACAUGAGAAAACUUUUGGGGUGAUGGAUGGGUUCAUCAUUUGUGACAAUGAGCUCACAGAUGUGCUGAGCAAAGGCCAGAGCCCCAGAACGAAACAAGUACAGACUCUGAGCAAAGCUCCCCUCAUCCUGAGAGUGAACCCACUGGCCCCUGGGAUCCAGGGAUUGGCAAUGACCCCUGUAAUGCUGGCACUCAUGAGGGAGCUCCCUGGGUGGUUCCUGGUCACUGGGGUCUUCCUACCCGUGGCUCUGCUGCUGUUCCUUCUCAUCGCCUACUUGAGGAUCAAACUGAUGGAGGUUAACAAAGAACUGUCGCAGACCCCCCAACACCAGCACAAACACAAGGCUGUCUCUGACCUGUACCAGAGGAGGAAAAGAACGUGACCUGGGGACUGACCGGUAGCAAAUUUCUACUGAGCAGAGAGCAACGGUCAAUGGCUUAGCUCCUAACAUAAGUUCAUAAACUCUAACAACAACACAAAUAGAAUACUAAAAAGCUGGUUCCGAACCACUUUGCAAAGUGGCAGCUGUUACCCUGGGGAGACGUCUACAAGACUCCGUUAAAGAGCAAUUCGUCGGAGAGUACCAAGAAUACAAGAUUUUCUUGGAUGUGCAGUAUGGACUGGACACUUAGCAUCUUUUUAACUUUUAUAAGACUCUGUCUAUUCUGAAGGACACUAUUUUUUAAAUAAAACUCAAGUAUCCUUAUUACAUAAUCCCAUGGAAGCGUACGUUAUUCUGAUUUUGUUAGUGAAGCAGCUCUGGUAGAGAACAAACAUUGGCAAAAGACGAGUACCUUGAGGUCUCUGCGGAUUCCCUCUUUGAGAGUUAUUCCCACUCCCUCCACCUGCCGCACCACAACUCUUAAAUGACGUCCUUCCAGGCAUCACUUCCAGCCCUGGGGUUGCUACUCUCCCUUUUCCAGCUGUCUCCACAAAUCACAUCACCCUUGUGAUGACCCACAAAACAAGUGGAGUCUCUCCACACCAACGAAGGCAGCUUUCAUCAAGAAAUGACGCCUGGGUGGCUCAGUUGGUUAAGCAGCUGCCUUCAGCUCAGGUCAUGAUC